GGAAAACAUAGUAUUCAGUUGUUCUAUAUAAUUACGGCACUUGCACGCUCUGACACAUGUGAACUGUGACGAAGUGUGUAAGAAAUUAAGAGGGUUGGAAAAGGAUUCGGAGUCCUUGAGAGACAAGGAGGGAUAAAGAUUGUAUAAACACACAGAGAGAGAGAGAGAGAGAGAGAUCAGGGAGAGAUGAGUGAAAAGAUGAAUGGAUGCUGCAAGAAGGGACCUGGGUAUGCCACCCCACUUGAUGCCAUGGCUGGUCCGAAGGAGUCUCUGAUAUAUGUUACUUGCAUUUAUUCUGGAACCGGAAUACAGAAGCCCGACUACCUUGGUACCAUCGAUGUGGAUCCUAGCUCGAAAACUUAUUCCCAAGUCAUCCACAGGCUUCCCAUGCCUAAUAUAGGCGAUGAACUACAUCAUACUGGAUGGAAUUCAUGCAGCUCUUGCUUUGGAGAUCCAGCAGCUGCUAGACGAUUUCUUGUCUUGCCUUCACUCGUAUCCGGCCGCAUAUAUGCUGUUGACACAGCAAAAGAUCCACGGGCUCCAUCUUUGCAUAAAGCAGUUGAGCCUGAGGAAAUCUUGGAGAAAACUGGAUUAGCUUAUCCCCACACAUCUCAUUGCCUUGCUACUGGUGAGAUAUUGGUAUCAUGCCUUGGAGAUAAGGAUGGAAACGCCAAGCAACUUGGAUUUCUUUUGCUGGACUCUGAUUUUAAUGUGAAAGGAAGGUGGGAGAAGGAAGGGCAGAACCCACUUUUUGGCUACGAUUUCUGGUACCAACCCAGACACAAGACUAUGAUCAGCACAUCAUGGGGAGCCCCAGCUGCUUUCACCAAAGGCUUCAACCUUCAACAUGUUUCUGAUGGUUUAUAUGGUCGCCAUUUGCAUGUCUAUAGCUGGCCUGGUGGUGAAAUUAAGCAGACAAUUGAUCUUGGCAGUGAAGGUCUUCUUCCCUUAGAGAUAAGAUUCCUGCAUGACCCUUCUAAGGAUAUAGGGUAUGUUGGAUGUGCUUUGUCAAGCAACAUGAUAAGCUUCUCGAAGACUGCAGAUGGUUCAUGGAGUCAUCAGCUUGCAGUAUCAGUGAAACCACUGAUAGUUCAAAACUGGAUUCUUCCUGAGAUGCCAGGGCUUAUAACUGAUUUUCUGAUUUCUCUUGAUGAUCGGUAUCUCUACUUUGUGAACUGGCUACACGGAGAUAUUAGGCAAUACAAUAUCGAGGAUCCUAAGAAUCCUGUACUGGCUGGCCAAGUGUGGGUCGGAGGUCUUAUUCAGAAAGGAAGCUCUGUAGUUGUCGAGGCCGAAGAUGGUAGCACCUACCAGGUUGAGGUUCCACAGGUCAAGGGAAAUCGGUUGAGAGGUGGGCCUCAGAUGAUUCAGUUGAGCUUGGAUGGGAAGCGACUUUAUGUCACAAACUCACUCUUCAGCAAAUGGGACAAUCAGUUCUAUCCGGAGGUCAUAGAGAAAGGAUCCCAUAUGUUACAGAUCGAUGUUGACACUGAGAAGGGUGGUUUAAAGAUCAACCCAGAUUUCUUCGUGGACUUCGGUAAGGAACCUGAAGGUCCUGCCUUGGCACAUGAAAUGAGAUAUCCUGGUGGCGACUGCACAUCAGACAUAUGGAUAUAAUUGCUUCUUAUCUUAUCAUUAAUAAGACUUAAACUUUUGUUUGGAUUUAGACAAUGUGAUCUUUGUAUCAUUGAUAAUUAGCAGUGGAUCAUAAUCUGUCAUUUGAAUUUGUUACAUAUGUUACAUCUUUCUUCUUACAA